AACUCGACGCGGAUUCAGUCUCCACAAUUUAUAAAAGGAGCCUCCUGUCCCGUUUUGUUGUUCGUCCUGCGCCUGAUUCAGUCUCCACAACCAAUCCCUCAGAUUCCACCAAACUUCGUCUGCCGCGACCCGUUAAGCUUCGUCUCUCUCUCUCUCUCUCCCCCCAGUUUCAAAAGAAAAUUGUCGAUCUGUAGCUUCUGCGUAGAUCCAAAUCAAUAUCCUCAAGGUGUGGUGCCCCUGCCAUUUGAUAAGAUCCGUGCGGGUCUGGGAGAAAGGCGCCUCCUUUUUCUUCCGGAAAUGUGUCCGUCCGGGGCCGCGAAGGCACGGCGGAAGCGCAAAGGUGCGUCCGGUCGCCCACCCGCCGGUAGAAAGCGCCGGCGGGCCCCUGAACCGGCGCUGGAGCCCAGCGGCUGGGCAUCUCUCCCGACCGACAUCGCAGGCCUCGUCUCCGGACGGUUGCUAGCCGAUGACGUGGUGGACUACCUCACCUUCCGCGCCGUCUGCUCGGGCUGGCGCACCAGCACGUCCGACCUAGGCAUCCUGGCCCUGAGCAAACCGCAGCUCCGCCCGCGCGGCUGGAUUGCGCUCUGCGACGGAGACGCGGCGCCCCUGGACGGUGCCGGCGAGAUCACCUUCUUCCACACGCGCACGGCGCGCCGCCUGCGCGUCCGCCUCCCCGACCUCCGGUGCCACAGGGUCGUCGGCUUCACCGACGGCCUCGUCAUCCUGCUGCACAAACGCACCACCGUCGUCCGCGUGGUCCACCCCUUCACCCUCGCUACGGUCGAACUCCCGCCCCUCGCCCCUGCCUUCCGCAGUGCGAUUAAGGACCGAGGAGCCCUGUUCCACAUGAGCGCCUUCGUCUGCUGUUCGCCUACAGCCCCCUUUUCAGUGGUGGCCAGUUUCGUUUGGAAACCAAUGGUGCUCUGGACACAGCCAGGCCGGCUGAGGUGGAGAUCAUUCACCAUGGCAUGGUGGAGCUUCAGAACUUCUUGCCCUUCCAAGGCCUGCUCUUCGCGACCACCACGUGGAAGAAGGAGAUAGUAAUGGUGUACCCUCCACGCAAAAUCUCCAUGCCCUACUCUUCGCUAGCGGAAGCCGACCAGUCGUUGAUAUGGCGGGAGUACCUCGUGGAGGUUACCGGGCGGAUGAUGCUCGUGGUGCAGCAUGGAACCGAUGACAGGGCAUGGCCAAAGUGUGCCUUCAAGAUCUUUGAGGUGGACAUCUGGGGCCAGAAGCUGCUGCCCAUCUGCAAUCUUGGUGGCCGGGCUUUGUUUCUCAGCAGUGACAGAUGCCUGUGUGUCCCGACCAUGAGCUUGCCAUCUCUCUACAGCAAUUCGGUAUAUUUCUCUCUGCCAUACAGCCCCGCUGUGGUGCAGUCUUUGUCGAGUGGGUUGUCAGAGGACCUAGCGGCGCUGUGCCAUAUACACGACAUGAAGAAGAAGACUCGCCCGUCUGUGCGACCUUUCACCAUUGCUGAUCAUCUUCUCACGUAUUGCAAUCAUCUGGAGUGGGCGAGGGGGCUCAUGUUUCAUGAGUACCGCUAUAUACCAGAAUCAUUCGUGGAAUUAAACAAGAAAAUAAAGGCACAUUGUUCUCAAGUGCACAUUCCGCGUACUGGAGCAGGAGGUUCAAAGGCCAAACUUUGCCAUAAUUAAGUAGGAAAGAAACUCUCUUUACAGACAGACUUGUGGCAGAUUGUUAUUUUCAUGAUGAAGUCUCAUUAUGUCAAAUGUUCCAAUUA